ACCGUAUCAGACUCUCGCUUGAGUCGGCCAUUGAGACAGGGGUACAUCAUAAUACUUCAGAACCCCAAAUGGCACGGUUACUUCGUUCCUGUCUCCAAGCGCAUUCACGUCCGCAGUACGUUAGAGCAGCCCGCGGCCCUGGCACUUCAGAAUCCCAUUUCCCCCCCCUUGGUAAAAGCUUCUGCUCAGCAACAUCAUUGCCUUCUUCUCGGUUCCUCUUCCUCCUACGACGAUCGCGUCCCCAUCUCUAUCCCAAACCCCUCGCGACAAUGUCCACAGUAACAACAGCCCCUCCCCAAGUCGACCCCCGCUACGAGAAGCUCUUCCAGGACCUCGAAGCCCGCUUCCUCUCCGCCGCUUCCAUCCCACCCGAGAAAUGGUACAUCCUAGCCGUAACCACCGUCGUCGCCAGCCGGGACCCCGAACGAGCAGACCAGCUAUACCUCUACCUGAUCAACCAAGCCGCCCACGCAACCUCCGAGUCCCGCAAGACCCUCGUACGGCGCCUCCGCGAGGCCCUCCUGAAAUCCGUCAUCAUCAUCGGCGUCUGUAAACCCAUCGAGGCUAUCCUCGCCAUCGCGAAGCUUGAACGCGAAGAAGACAAGGAUUUCACGCCUACCCGGGAGUCCUGGCAAUGCGACGAGGCGAACCACGAGCGCGGCGUGGCUUGGUUCCAGAAACUGUACUCGCGGAACGGCGCGCCCACGCUAGAUCUCUUCCGUGCGCAUAGCGACUUCGCGUGGUUGUCGAUGGAGAUUACCUACGGGUUGUUUUUGUCGGAUCGGCAGGUGCUGGAUGACUUGGAUACGCAGUUAGUGGUGCUCCCGGCGAUCAUGAGUCAAAACCUGAAGACCGAGACGCAUUGGCAUAUUCGUGGGACGAGGCGGUUGGGGGUGCCUCGGGGGGAUGUGCAGAUUCUUUGGGAUUGUGUGCAGCUGGUGGCUGAGUUUUAUGGCGUGAAGUUGGAUAAGGUGCCGACUGUGGAGGAGAUUGAGUGGGAUGUAUAGACAUAUAGGCUCU